AUGCUCUCGUACCUGCGAUGCAUCAAGUCGCAUCGUGGGACCAACGACCCCGAAUGCCGCGGCCUCUCCAAGUCAUACCUGUCAUGUCGCAUGGACCGAAAUCUGAUGGCACCGGAUUCGUUCAAGAACUUGGGCUUCGGCGAAGACAGUGACGGCCCUGUCACCACCGCCGCAAACGCAUCUCAGCCAUCGCAACCCAACGGCCAAAACAAACCUCGCGGAGCUUAG